UUCUUCAUCGUUCUCUUUCACUGAUGGCUAAGUUUGAGUCAAUUCCAUUUGCUGUUGCUUCAAACUUCAUUCACAGGUUAGCUUCCCCAGAUUUUCUUGAAUUUGGACAAGAGUAUGGUGUGAUGGAAGAGUUAGAAGAGCUUAAGAACACUGUUGAAUCCAUCAAUGAUAAGCUUCUUGAUGCCGACGAUAAACAAGAUCAAAACGGUGGUGUGCGAGUUUGGAUCAGAAGGUUCAAAAAAGUACUUCAUCAUGCAGAUGACUUUUUAGAUGACCUCGCUAUUGAAUUCAGGAGAGACAAAUUGGGUACAGCAGAAGGAAAAGAAGUAAACAAGGUACUUCUUUCCAUUUCAUCUUCAAAUCAAAUUCCUUUAUACAAUGAAAUGCCUGACAAGAUUAAAGAAAUACGAGAAAGUUUUAAUGAUGUAGUAAAAGAAUUGAAGGAUUUGAAUUUAACCCCAAGAUCAGGGGUAGUUAAGCAGACUAACCGUGAAUGGAGGGAAACAUGUUCUUUUGUGUUAGAAUCAGAUAUCAUUGGAAGAGAUGAGAGUAAAAAAGAGAUUAUUAGUCUGUUGAGACAACCACAUGAAAAGCAAAGAGUUUCUGUGAUUGCUAUUGUUGGCCUCGGUGGCUUGGGGAAGACAACUCUUGCUCAGUUGGUGUAUAAUGACUUGGAAGAGCAGAACUCUUUUGAAAUGCAAGUGUGGGUGUGUGUCUCUGAUAACUUUGAUGUGAAAACUAUUCUGAAGAAAAUAUUAGAAUCAAUCACUGGUGACCAAUUUGAAGACAAGUUAUCGUUAGGCAACUUGCAAAGAAAACUUCACCAAAAAAUAAGCGGUAAAAAAUAUUUGUUGGUCCUGGAUGACAUUUGGAAUGAGAGACAUGACAGAUGGGCUGAACUGAGAAAGUACUUAAUGUGUGGCGCUCAAAAUAGCAAAAUUUUAGUGACAACUCGAAGUGAUAAUGUAGCAAAGGCAAUGACUGCUAGUACUUCCUAUCCUUUGAAAGGUUUGACUGACGAAGAAUCUUGGAGUUUGUUGAAGAACAUUGCAUUUGAGGAUGAUUCCAAAGAAGUGAAUCAACCUCUAGAAUCAAUGGGGAAAGAAAUAGCAAGAAAAUGCAAAGGGGUUCCACUGGCGGUCAAAACACUGGGAGGCCUGUUACGAGGACAAACUGAAGAAAGAGAAUGGGAGAAUGUUUUACGUGGUGACUUCUGGAAAUUAUGUGAAGAGCAAGAUAAUAUCAUGCCAAUUCUAAAACUCAGUUACCACAACUUGUCGCCAGAAAUGAGACAAUGUUUUGCUUACUGCUCUUUAAAUCCCAAGGAUUCAGAAAUUUCAAAGAAUAAUUUAAUUCAGUUAUGGAUGGCACAGGGUUACCUUGAAUGUUCAGCUGAAAAACACCGCAUGGACAUGGAAGAUAUUGGUAACCAAUUUGUAAAGACGUUUUUGAUGAACUCAUUUUUUCAAGAAGCAGAAAUUGAUGAUUACGGCGAGAUCAUUAGUUUCAAAAUGCAUGAUUUAAUGCAUGAUCUUGCAAUGCUUGUUGCUGGCAAUGAUUGCUGUUACUUGGAUAGUAAGGCGGAAAAGGUUGAAGGUAGUCCCAUGCACGUGUAUUUGGAAACUGGGGCCAUUCAUUUAUUGGAUUCGUUGAAUGCAAGCAGAGUGAGAACUUUGAAUUUGCCGGAUAACAGCAGUCUUCAAGAGGAGGAAAUGUCUGCUGUUGUUACAAAAUUCAAAUACUUACGCGUCUUGAGGAUAUCACCUCUUUGCAAAUGGGACGCUUCAAUUGGAGAAUCGAAGCAUUUAAGAUAUCUUACGUUUAAUGGUUCGAUCUUCACACCGUUUCCGAUACCAGUUGGGUUGGGAAAAUUGUGCUUUUUGCAAUUCUUAUCAGCCUUGGCCGUGCGAGAUAGGGAAGAAACAAACUGUGGCAGCACACUAAAUGAAUUGAAGGACUUAAACCACUUAAGGGGAGAAUUAACAAUUAAUUCUCUCAGUAAGGUGAGAGACGUGGCUCUGGAAUCACAGGAUGUAAAUUUAAAAGAAAAGAAGUUCCUUCAAUCCUUGACUCUGGCAUGGUUGUAUGGAGGCGUUGACAGUGACAGCUUACAAUUACUAGAAAACCUUCAGCCUCACCAUAAUCUUAAGCGAUUGGUGGUGAAGUGGUAUCCAGGAGUGCUUUUCCCAAGUUGGCUUUCUCUCCUCACAAAUGUUGUUGACAUUGCUCUCGUUGGGUUUGUUAAUUGUCGCUGUCUCCCACAGUUGGAACGUCUCUCAUUUCUGAAGUCACUUAACAUAGAUUCUCUUAGUGAAUUGGAAUACAUAUGUCUUUAUGAAGAUGGUCUUGCAGUAACCUUCUUCCCUUCUUUGGAGAGCCUCAGGUUAGUUGAUUGUCCCAAGCUCAGGGGAUGGGGGAGGCUGGGAGAUGAUAUCAAUGAUUCACAUAAUCUCUCUCUACCUCUUUCAUUUCCUGAUCUUUCUCGUCUAGUCAUCUCUUGCUGUCCACAGUUGACUUGCAUGCCUACUUUUCCAACAGUCAAGGUUUUAGACUUGAAAAACUGCAGUGCAGAGCCAUUAAUAGAAACAUUAAAAGCAACAGUGUCAACAUGUUCGGCUGACUCAUCUACUUCCGUUGCUCCUCUUUCCAUGCUCAAAGAAUUGACGAUUGCUGAUCAUAUGAAUUUACCAAAGGGUUGGAUGCAAACUCUGACUUCUCUCGAGUCUCUUGGAAUUCAAAACAGUGAAUCACUUGAGGAAUUUGAGACAGUGUUUAAGGACGACAACAACUGCCUUCCUCCUUUGCAAAAAAUCAGCAUAGUUUUGUGUGAAAGGCUAAAGGCUUUGCCAGAUUGGAUUUGCAACCUCCCAUCGCUUCAACAUAUCGAAGUCUCAGGUUGCCCAGAAUUGGAAUUUCUACCCGAAGGAAUGAGUCGUCUUACCAACUUAAAAAUCUUUGAGGUCAAGGAUUGUUUCCUCUUACUUAAAGAAUGCCAAACAGAGACAAGUGCUGUUAGUCGCCAAAUUGCACACAUCCCACAAAUUAUCCUUCGUGAAUGGUGAUCAUAAAGGUACUGAUGCCCCUUUUUUUGUGAGGAAAGGUUUGUUUUUGUUCUAGUGUAACUGUAAACUGCGUAAUUUAACAAUUAUCGUGCCUGUUUCCUUUGCUAAUAAACAGAAAUUAUCCUAAUAAUGUUAAUUUUCA